GCCCGUGAUUCCCCCAGACCCGACUCCUGCAAUGCGCCCUUGAGACCCGGGGUCCGCAAUCCACACGCAGCAUGUGGGGUCUGGACAGGCUGUCCGCGCACUCGACGCCCUCGGGCACGCCGCCACCGCGCCGCGACUCGUUCUCCCCAGCACCGCGCCGGCUACACCCCACGGACAGGCCCGCGCCGCUGCCCCUGCGGCCUGGCCUGAACCCGCGGUCGUCGUCGCUGUCCUUGAUCUCGCCGCUUUCCUCGACCACUAGUCUACCGUCCACAGCUGGCCUCCCCAAUGGCGCGGCGCGCAGGCGACCGCCGGGCGGCGUGCCCCCGAACGUGCCAGAUCCGGUGCACGUGUUGGAGGCCAUCAUGGGAGGGCCGCCGCGCAAGCCGGUGCCCUUGAAAGCCAGCGGCAUCGGGGUGAUACCUGACAAGCCGGAGGAGCUGGACACGAGCAUAGACUUUGAGGGGCUGAGCCUGCACGACUUCGCGGCCGAGGGCACGCCCGAGCCCGUGCCAUCUCCUGUACAUACAUAUAGCGCGCAGUCAGUUGAAGAAUUCGACAAGGAGAAGGACAAGUUCGAGGACCUGCACCGGUCCAUCAUCGCGUGUGACGAGGUGCUCAAGUCGGUCGAGACGUAUCUCACCAACUUCCAGGCCGAUCUUGGCGCCGUGUCCGCAGAAAUAGAGUCUCUGCAGAACCGCUCCAUCGCGCUGAACACCAAGCUCGAGAACCGCAAAGUUGUGGAGAAGCUGCUUGGCCCGGCGGUGGAGGACAUAAGCAUAUCGCCAGCUGUUGUGCGCAACAUCGCUGAAGGACCGGUGGACGAGGGUUUCCUGCGCGCGCUCUCCGACCUCGAGAAGCGGUCCAAGACGAUCGCGUCCAAGUCUGCCUCGCAAGCGGACCUCAAAGCUCUCGCAGACAUAAAGCCGCUGCUCGCUGACCUUACCAACCGCGCAAUCGAGCGAAUACGAGACUACAUUGUUGCCCAGAUCAAAGCAAUACGAUCGCCCUCGAUCAACGCCCAGAUCAUCCAACAGCAAGCAUUCUUAAAAUACAAGGACCUCUAUGGCUUCCUGGCACGACACCAGCCGGAGCUCGCCUCGCAGAUAUGCCAAGCAUACAUCUACACGAUGCGAUGGUACUACCUGAACCACUUCACCCGCUACAAGACGAGUCUGGAGAAGCUCAAGAUCCACGCACUGGACAAAUACGACGUCCUGGGCGAAGACCCCACCUCGAAACGCAGCGGCGCCCUCCUCGGCCCAGCCCGCGGCGCCGCCCCCUCCUCCUACGACGCCUUCUCCCUCGGCCGCCGCGUCGACACCCUCAAAACCACUUCCACCACCGCCCUUCCCGCCCACCUCGCCGAAGAAGAAAAAGCCCCCCACUACCUUGAAACCCCCUUCCGCAGCUUCAACCUCGCCCUCAUAGACAACGCGUGUUUCGAAUACACGUUCCUGACAUCCUACUUCUCCCCGAGCCAAACCUACCAUGCCAUCGGCCGCACCUUUGCCGCCAUCUUUGAGCCGACGUUCGCGCUGGGGCAGGCCCUGACGAAGCAGCUCGUCGAGCCGAGCACGGACACGCUCGGCGUGCUGCUCUGCGUCCGGCUGAACCAGCACUUCGCCUUCGAGCUGCAGCGCCGCAAGGUGCCCGCCGUGGAAGCCUACAUCAACGCGACCAACAUGCUACUGUGGCCGCGCUUCCAGCAGACACUCGACCUGCACUGCACGUCCCUCGCCAAACUCACCAAUUCGCUGCCCACCCGGCCAUCUACCGGCGCCGCGCUGCUCGGCUCCCAAUCCGCCAACUCCACGGCCCCAACGCCCCUAACGCAGAAGUUCGCGAACCUACUCCAUGGCAUUCUCGCGCUGAGCAGCGAGGCUGGGGACGACGAGCCGGUGGCUGUGAGUGUGGGCAGGUUAAGGAGCGAGUAUGAAGCGUAUCUUGCGCGGAUGGGCAAGGGCAUGGCAGAUCCGCGGAAGAGAGAGAGAUUUUUGUGUAAUAAUUACAGUUUGGUGUGUACGAUUUUGACGGAUGUGGAGGGGAGGCUGGGGAGGGAGGUUGUGAGCCACUUUGAGGGGGCCAGGGAUGCGUUUGAUAAGUGAGGAAGGGGGUUGGAGACGGGGCCGUUUGUGGCGUAGAUAUGGUAGCGUUUUGAAGCAUUUGAGCGUGCAUGUUUGGGACUUUAGUGGUCCUUGCUCUUCUUGGUAUAGAAUCCAACAAC